AAAAGAUUCGAUUCACUUGUAUGAGUAAAAAUUACUAUCCCACUAAACAUCCACUCGCGUGAUGGCGCUGUGUGCUGCGUUUGUUGAGAGCGGAUUGUAAACACACGGCUAUGGCUGCUGAGAGGGGCGGAGGCGACAACAACGCUAACGACCAAAUGGGGAACCAACUACAACUUCAGCCAGAAAAUGAAGAGGAAGAAGAGGAUGAUAUGGAGACGGAGGAUCGAGACGGUGAGGAUGCAGAAAAGCCAAGUAUUAUAAACUUUGACACAAGUCUACCAACUUCACAUGCAUAUCUGGGCUCAGACAUGGAGGAGUUUCAUGGCCGUACCCUGCAUGACGAGGACAGUGUGCAGAAUCUGCCGGUCCUUCCCCACAUUGCUCUCAUUCUGAUCCCAGGUCAGACGCUACCCUUGCAGCUUUUCCGACCACAGGAGGUCAGCAUGUUCCGCAACCUCAUAAGCCAAGACCGCACGUUUGCAGUGCUUGCACACAGUCCUGAUGUGAGUGGUGCGGAGAUAAAGGCAGAAAUUGGGACGACUGCAGAAAUCUAUGCCUUUCGUGAGGAACAGGAAUACGGCAUAGAGACAGUAAAGAUCAAAGCUGUUGGACGGCAGCGCUUCAGAGUGCAUGAAAUACGCACACAAGCAGAUGGGAUUCGUCAGGCAAAAGUACAGAUAUUACCUGAGAGGAUUCUUCCAGACCCUUUAUGUGCACUGCAAUUCCUGCCCCGCUUGCAUAUAUACACACCACAGAUCAAACAGUCACAAGCAACACCACCACAGGAUCGGUGCAGCCAGAUUUAUAGACAGGUGACUGAUAAGAUCCAUUGUGCUAGUAUGACCUCGUGGCCUCCCUGGGUGUAUGCCUUAUAUGACUCUAAAACUCUCAUGAGCAGAGUAAAGAAACAACUCCAUGAAUGGGAUGAAAACCUCAAAGAUGAGUCCCUGCCUACAAAUCCCACAGAUUUCUCAUACAGGGUGGCCGCAUGUCUACCAAUAGAUGAUGCUCUGCGACUGCAACUACUGAAGAUUGGCAGUGCCAUCCAGAGACUGCGCUGUGAGUUGGACAUCAUGGACAGGUGCACCUCUCUCUGCUGUAAACAGUGCCAGGAUACAGAGAUAACCAGCAAGAAUGAGAUCUUCAGUCUAUCUCUGUAUGGGCCAAUGGCAGCAUAUGUGAAUCCACAUGGUUAUGUUCACGAGACGCUUACAGUCUACAAGGCCAACAACCUCAACCUGAUUGGACGACCUUCCACACUGCAUAGUUGGUUUCCAGGGUAUGCGUGGACAAUUGCUCAGUGCAGGACCUGUGGCUCUCAUAUGGGCUGGAAGUUCUCAGCAGUAAAAAAAGAUCUGAGUCCACCUCGGUUCUGGGGUUUGACUCGUUCUGCCCUGUUACCGACAAUCCCACAGGGCGAGGAGGGUGUCGAGGGGUCACGCUUGCUGUGCCUGUAAUGUGAUCUGAGGAUUACUAGUGACCUUUAACCCCUUUAACCCACAAGCAUAUGCUCCCCUGUGGGUCUCCUCUAUCACCCCAAAAACACGAGACCCCAAAACCUCACCCAGAAAGAGAGAGAAAGUGUGUUUGUGAGUUUAUAUGUGUAGAUGUGUGCAUGAACAGGUAGAGGAAAGAAAAAGGGGACAGGAAGCAUAAGA